AUGCAUUCAUCAUUGCUACAAUUGGUUAGCUGCAGCAGUUCAAGUGAAAUAUUUGAAAUGUUGAAAUUAGCUUUAUUGUUUAUUAGCUGUUUACAACAAAGUUAUCAGUCAAAUAAGCAUUACUGGCGAACAUGGCGAGAUGAGCAUCCACAAUAUCGUCAGCUAUUUUCUGCAUCACGAAUUUUAUGCUAUAGUUGUAUGAGCCCAUACCUGGAACAUCAAUAUAUGUACAUAUCACACCUGUAUCGACGACCAAUGUCCUUCACACCAAAAUGUGAUCAAUCCAGUUUCGAUAGUCGCUUCCUAAAUUGGAAAAAUUGUUCCGACUUGUGUGUGAUAUUGAAAAUGAAUGAUCGUCUCGGAGGACGACGACGUGAAGGUUACUUACGUGGUUGUAUGUCCGAUAUAAUACAUUACAAUCAGACAUUAAGCGCACUUGGCGCAACGAACGCAUGCACAGUUGUUAGGUUGCGUGAUUUGUUCAUUUCUACUGAAAGGUACUUAUUCGAAAAUUCCGAUCAAGCGCAAUUGUGCGCAUGUCAUAGUGAUCUUUGCAAUUUAGCGCCUUCGAUAAUUUCCAUUCAUCGUUUAAUCUAUCUGAUAUAUGUUUUAUUCAUAUUUUUUUUGUAA